CCAAGAUGGUGGCUUUGUGAGAUUGUAAUCUCUAAAAAUAGAAAAACGAGCUCUUGCCAGAAGUGUCAAUAAAGUAAGCUAGCUGAGUAGCUGUUAGAUAAGAUAAGAAUAAAACAACAGGAUUACUUCGAUAAAGGUGAAACAACUCUGAUAUCAUAUAUUAAAUAUGGGGUUACUGACUGAAGGAACAGCCUUGUCCUGGGAAGAAACCAAGAAACAGGCUGACCACGUUCGGAAACACGGAAUACAACAAUUUAUUUACCAGUACCAUAAAUGUAAAGAUUUAGAAAAGGAAUGCUUAUAUUGGGGAGAUGAGGUGGAGUAUAUGUUAGUCAAGCUAGAUAAAGCCAAUAAACAAUGUAGAUUAGUUCUUAAAGCUAAAGAAGUCCUGAAGAAAUUACAGAAAAGAGAACUUGAAUGUCCAAAUGAUCAUCCAUCAACCUGGAGACCAGAGUAUGCUGAAUAUAUGGUAGAAGGUACCCCAGGAAAACCUUACGGAGGUCUCAUGGCUCAUUUUAACAUGGUGGAAGCUAAUAUGAAACUAAGACGUGAAGAAAUCCAGAAAUUACUAGCUUAUGAUGAAGUUCCUCUUUCACUGACAGCUUUUCCCAGAAUAGGAUGUGAAAAUUUCACGUCCCCAGCGUUAAAACCCACCCCAGAGAAAGGUUACAGUCAUUCCUUGUUCUUUCCUGAUGGUGCCAUCAACCAAGGUCAUCCCAGAUUUCAUACUUUAACUAGAAAUAUUCGAGAGAGAAGGGGGAAAAAGGUGGCAAUUAAUAUUCCAAUUUAUAAAGACAAAAAUACGAAAGUGCCAUUUAAAGAAGAUCUGAGCCAGUAUGGAGAUGAUGGAACUUCCCAAUCAGCUGCCCUGACUGAUCAUGUCUACUUGGACGCCAUGGGGUUUGGUAUGGGCGCUUCCUGCUUACAGGUCACUUUCCAGGCCUGUAAUAUUAACGAGGGAAGACAACUCUAUGACCAGCUCGCUCCCCUUUGUCCCAUAUUGCUGGCGUUAAGUGCUGCCUCACCAAUAUACCGAGGCUACCUGACUGAUAUAGACAAUAGGUGGACAGUUAUAGCUCAGUCUGUAGAUGAUAGGACUGAUGAAGAACUUGGAUUAAAGGAAUUAAAGGAGAAUAAAUUCAGAAUAAAGAAAUCUCGCUAUGAUUCUAUAGAUAGUUAUUUAUCUCCACAAGGUCAGUGUUAUAAUGACAUUGACCUUGUCUAUGAUCAAGAUCUUUACGAUGAUUUACGCAAGGGAGAUGUAGAUGAUCUGUUGGCAAAACAUAUGUCUCAUUUGUUUAUCAGAGACCCAGUUUCACUAUUCAGUGAAAAAAUCAACCAAAUUGAUGAGGAAGAAAUGGAUCAUUUUGAGAAUAUUCAAUCAACCAACUGGCAGACUAUGAGAUUUAAACCUCCGCCUCCAAACUCUCCCAUUGGCUGGAGAGUAGAAUUCCGACCAAUGGAGGUUCAGUUGUCAGAUUUUGAGAAUGCUGCCUAUGUUACGUUUAUUGUACUACUUACCAGAGUUAUCCUUACCUAUAAACUCAAUCUUAUUAUACCCAUCUCUAAGGUUGAUGAAAAUAUGAAAACAGCUUUUAAAAGAGAUGCUGUUUUGAAUGAAAAAUUUUAUUUUAGAAAAGAUUUCUUUACUGAAUCAUGGCCACCAUCAGGAGAAUAUUGUGAUAAGAAGAAAUGUGAUAAAAUAGAAGAUGAGUAUGAGCUGAUGACUGUGGACGAAAUUUUCAAUGGAAAGGGUGAAUCACCUGGAUUAUUAGGUGUAAUUAAACAUUAUAUAACAGAAGUUGAAUGUGACGUUGAUACACAGUGUACAGUCUUACAGUAUCUUAAAUUAAUAUCUAAACGAGCUUCAGGUGAACUCCAGACCACAUCGAAAUGGAUGAGAAAUUUUGUCACGUCCCAUCCUGAUUACAAACAAGAUUCACGUGUCUCAGAAUCCAUAGUUUAUGAUCUUCUGGAGAAAUGUGACAAGAUCAGUAAAUAUGAACUGGAAGUACCAGAAUUAUUAAUUCCUCCAAAAUCAAAAUCAGCAGAAGCCAUUCCAGAAGCUAUCUCAGCUGCCUAUAAACUAAUCGACGACAAAAAAAAUUCUAUCAUCGCUAACGGACACUAGAAAAAGAGCAGUGGCGGAGCCAAAGGGGGGGCAGAGGGGUUCCCUGCCCUCCCUCACAGCCCAAAAGGCAUGUUUUUCGGGCAAAAAUAUCAUAACUUGGUAAGAAAUUCGGGCAACCUCAGGUAAUUCGUCCCCCCCCCCUCGGACAUAUACCUGGCUCCGCCACUGAAACGAUCAAAAAUCUAAUUAUGGUCUGAAUUAUUAAGAAAUAAAUAAAAAAAUCUAUGAAAUACUCAAAUCAGGUUUAAUUUUUCUAAUUUUUUUUUCAUUUUAUUUUUUUCAUGGU